CCUUCCCCGCCGGGCGCCGUCCGAGUCAACCAACCACUCUGCCGCCCCACCUGCAAGCGGCUGCGCAACGCGAAAACGCCCGAUUCCCCUCCAUUCCCACCCAAAAUGCAGCGAAAAAGCUCGACCCAAAUCAAAUGCCGCCUCCCCUCCCCCUCCUCGCCGCCCUCCUCCUCUUCCUCGUCCCGCUCGCCGCCGGGCAGUUCCGCGGCUUCUCCUACCUCCUCAACUGCGGCGCCGCGUCCGCCACCACUGACCGCCGCGGCCUCCGCUGGCUCCCCGAUGCCCCCUACGUCUCCGCCGGCGCUCCACGCGCGCCCCCGCUCCCGGGCGGCCUCCUCGACCCCACUCUCGCCACGCUCCGCAGCUUCCCGCACCGGCCCGGCGCCAAGUUCUGCUACGCGCUCCCCGUUGACCGCAACCGCCACUACCUCCUCCGCCCGACCUUCUUCUACGGUGCGAUCUCCCCCUCCGCAUCGCCGCCCCCCGUCUUCGACCUGUUAGUGGACGGCACUUUCUGGACCGCCGUCAACACCUCCGAAGAUAGCCUGGUCGGCGCCGCGUCGUCCUACGAGGGCGUGUUCCCCGGAAGGGCCAGGAACAUGAGCUUCUGUCUCGGCGUGAACCCCGACUACACCGACGCCGGCCCGUUCAUCUCCACGCUGCAGGUGAUCCAGCUGGACGAUUCCGUGUACAACGCGACGAAUUUCGAGAAGAGCGCCAUGGGGCUCAUUGCGCGCACUAAGUUUGGCUCCACUGGCGACAUCGAGAGGUACCCUGAUGACAGUUUUGAUCGCUUUUGGCAGCCAUUUCCGGACAGCAAACAUGCAGUUAGUAGUACCCACAAUGUUACAUCAGCUGAUUUCUGGAAUCUUCCUCCUCCUGAUAUUUUUAACACAGCUUUCGUAGCGGAACAAGCUGCACCAUUGGUGUUGCAAUGGCCUCCAAUGCCUCUCCAGAAUGAUAGCUAUUAUGUUGCUCUUUACUUUGCUGAUACAUUACCUGAGAAUUCAAGGACCUUUGACGUAUAUAUAAAUGAUUACCUCUUUUACAAAGGUCUGAAUGUCACAUCAGCUGGGCUUUCUGUCUUUGCAACACAAUGGAUUCUCUCAGGCUUGACCAGAGUUAUAGUUACUUCUGUUUCCACUGCCCUUCCUCCACUUAUCAAUGCUGGCGAGGUCUUUGGACUUUUCUCCUUAGGAAGAUUGACGUACGCUCAAGAUGCACUCGCUCUGGAGAGUAUAAAGAAAAGCCUUCAAAAUAUACCUGAAGAUUGGAAUGGAGAUCCAUGUAUGCCUGCUGGAUAUGCUUGGACUGGAGUUACAUGUGAUGAAGGAUCAAGAAUACGUGUUAUCUCAUUGAACUUUUCUAGUAUGAGCCUCUCCGGGUAUAUCUCUCCUGAAAUUGCGAAGCUGACUGCUUUGACUGAUAUAUUUUUUGCGAACAACAACCUGUCUGGACCUAUUCCAAAUCUUAGAAACUUGGGCAAGCUCAAACGACUGCACCUGCAAGACAACAAGUUAACUAGAACAGUACCUCAGACAUUGGGGAUGAUAGAGGACUUGAGUGAACUAUUUUUGCAGAAUAACGAGCUAUUUGGACCAGUACCAGAGAACUUACUGAACAAGCAAGGAUUGACUUACAAGUUUCUGCCGGGGAACCAUUUCUCUCCACAACCACCACACUGACGACCAGACAUUUUGUGCGAACAACUAUUGUACAUGUACACAACAGGAUUCAUAGGUAGCAGGACAGUUGUUGAUUCUUAUAGGGUGGUUAUAGCAAGAUUUCGUAACCAUUGUGUACAAAAAAGCGAGAUAGCAGUCAAAUGAUUCGAACCAGUCAAAGAGGUUGGCAACAUCAGGUCAGGAUUCGUACAUAUACUGGUUUUGGAAUUACACUGAAUGUGUUCAGUGCAAAAGGUUGCGAUACUCUAGGAAAGUGAAAGUGUUUACAUUGGUUGAUCAACUUGUAAUAUCCUGUGUAAAAAAAAGGAUAAAAACUCAUUUCAACUACUACAGAAUCCAUCAUAAAUAGCAGCUCAUCAGUGUUGGUUCGGCUAAAA